AUGAGUACGAAAGUCGCAGCUCCACGCAAAAAGAGACUUUCUGAAGGUCUAACUGUUACCCAAAAGGUCUUUAUUAGAUCAAGAAAUGGGGGCGCAACCAAAAUUAUUAGAGAACACUAUUUGAGAAACGAUAUCCCAUGUUUAUCGAAGAGCUGUACUAAAUGUCAAAGCAUAAUUGUUCCAGAUGCCCAGAAUGAACUUCCAAAAUUCAUUCUAUCCGAAGAUCCUCCAAAAGUAUCUAAGAUUGGGAAACAUUAUGUUGUAGUAGAUACAAAUAUCGUUUUAUUAGCAAUUGAUCUACUUGAAAAUGUAAGUUGUUUCUUUGAUGUUAUCGUCCCUCAAAUUGUUCUAGAUGAAGUUAGAAAUAGAUCAUACCCAGUUUAUACAAGAUUGAGAACACUUUGUAGAGAUAGUGAUGACAUCAAAAGAUUUAUUGUCUUCCAUAACGAAUUUAAUGAAAAGACAUUUAUAGAUAGACUUCCAGAUGAAACUAUCAAUGACAGAAAUGAUAGAGCAAUCAGAAAGACUUGUGAAUGGUAUGCAGAACAUUUGAAGGAUUAUGGUAUUAAUAUUAUUCUUGUAACGAACGAUAGAUUAAACAGGGAAGCUGUGAAAAAGGAAUCUGAAUUGCACGGUUAUUUCACGAAAAGUCUUUAUGAAUACGCUGAUUUACUGUCGAAUGCAGAUGAAAUCAAAGAGUUGAUUCCAAAUGUUGACAAUUACGCCGAAUCAAAAGAGUUAUUACCAGAAGAUAUGUCUGAGAUUAUAUUUCCAGAAUACUACCAAACUUCAAGAGUUAUGGGUGGUUUACGUGGUGGUUCUCUGUUCCAAGGUAACGUCCAAAUCUCUGAGUACAAUUUCUUGGAAGGUUCUGUAUCUUUACCAAGAUUUUCUAAACCAGUUUUAAUUGUUGGUCAAAAGAACUUGAACAGAGCGUUUAAUGGUGACCAAGUUGUUGUAGAAUUAUUACCUGAAACUGAAUGGAAAGCACCAUCAACACUAACUUUAGAUUCUGAACAUUUUGAUAUCAAUGAUAAUCCAGAUGGUCAAGGUGAAGAUGACCAAUUUGCAAAUGAAAGUUCUACUACUGUUCUAAGUGAUAAACAAAGAAGAUUGUUAGCCAAAGAAGCAAUCAACGCUCAAAAAUCCAAAAAGGUUCAACCAACUGCCAAGGUUGUUUCCAUCACAAGAAGAUCAUGGAGGCAAUAUGUCGGUCAAAUUGCACCAAGUUCAGUGGACGGAAAAACAAACGGUAUACAGAAUGUCUUCGUUAUUCUUAUGGAUAAAUGUCUACCAAAGAUCAGAAUCCGUACUAGAAGAGCUCAAGAAUUACUAGGUAAGAGAAUUGUGAUAUCCGUAGAUUCAUGGCCCGAGGCUUACAAAUACCCUCUUGGUCAUUUUGUUAGAGAUCUUGGUGAUGUGGAAAGUACAGAAGCAGAAACCGAAGCUUUAUUAUUGGAACAUGAUGUCGAGUAUCGACCAUUCUCAAAAAAGGUCUUAGAAUGUCUUCCAUCAGAAGGACAUGAUUGGAAAGCUCCUGUUAAAUUGGAUGAUCCUGAAGAAGUUGCUAAGGAUUCAUUACUACCAAAGAGACAAGACUUGAGAGAUAAACUAAUCUGUUCCAUCGAUCCUCCUGGUUGUGUUGAUAUCGAUGAUGCUUUACAUGCAAAAAAAUUACCAAAUGGUAAUUGGGAGGUAGGUGUGCAUAUUGCUGAUGUUACACAUUUCGUUAAAACUGGUACCGCUCUAGAUGGUGAAGGUGCAUCAAGAGGUACAUCCGUAUAUCUUGUUGAUAAACGUAUCGAUAUGCUUCCGAUGUUGUUAGGUACUGAUUUGUGUUCUUUGAAGCCAUACGUUGAUAGAUUUGCUUUCUCUGUUUUAUGGGAAUUAGAUGGCAAUGCAGACAUUAUCAACGUUAAUUUUACAAAAUCUGUGAUUAAAUCAAGAGAAGCUUUUUCAUACGAACAAGCCCAAUUAAGAAUUGAUGACCCAAAUCAAAAGGAUGAAUUAACGUUAGGUAUGAGAGCCUUAUUAGCUUUAUCAGUCAAAUUAAAACAAAAGAGAUUAAAUGCGGGUGCACUAAAUCUUGCUUCUCCAGAAGUUAAAGUCCACAUGGAUAGUGAAACCGCAGAUCCUGGUGAAGUUGAAAUCAAGAAAUUGUUAGCAACUAAUUCAUUAGUCGAAGAAUUUAUGUUAUUAGCUAAUAUUUCUGUUGCAAGAAAAAUCUACGAUGCAUUUCCUCAAACUGCAAUGCUAAGAAGACAUGCAGCUCCACCUUCGACGAACUUCGAGAUGUUGAAUGAAAUGCUACAAAAAAGAAAAAAUAUGCAUAUUUCAUUAGAAUCAUCAAAGGCAUUAGCUGAUUCGUUGGAUCGUUGUGUUGACCCACAAGACAAUUACUUUAAUACACUAGUCCGUAUCAUGUCCACUCGUUGUAUGAUGGCUGCCCAAUACUUCUAUUCUGGUGCCUAUUCAUAUCCCGACUUCAAACAUUAUGGUCUAGCUGUUGAUAUAUAUACCCAUUUUACAUCGCCUAUCAGACGUUAUUGUGAUGUUGUCGCACACCGACAAUUAGCAGGCGCGAUUGGUUAUGAACCAUUAAGUUUAGAACAUAGAGACAAGCACAAGAUGGAUAUGAUCUGUAGAAAUAUCAACAGAAAACACAGAAACGCACAAUUUGCUGGUCGUGCCAGUAUUGAAUAUUAUGUCGGGCAAGUUAUGAGAAAUAACGAGUCUAUCGAGACUGGUUAUGUAAUCAAGGUAUUCAAUAAUGGUAUUGUAGUCUUGGUACCGAAAUUUGGUGUUGAAGGUCUUAUAAGAAUAGAAAACUUGACAGAUGCUGCAGAAGGUGCCGUUUAUGAUGAACUGGAAUUUAAAUUAUCAUUUACUCCAAAAACUGGUGGCAAGAUUAGAGAGGUACAUGUGUUUGAAAAGGUAGAUGUACAAGUCAGAUCAGUAUUGGACCCAGUCACUAGUAAGCGUAAAGCAGAAUUAUUACUAGUAUAA